AUGGAUGAGCCCAAGAAAGGAGACAAGAACAUCGGUGCCAAAGCGUGGGACGCCGCAAUCGCCAAGAUAGAAGGCAAUCUUGAGGUGGAAACCCGUCAGCCGCAAAAAAAGCCUUCUUCUCCGCUCAAUGAACUCGCCUUGAAAGUCGAUAACAACAUGGUGGCUGGUGACAUGCGGCUUUGCGCGCGACAAAUACAACGGUACUACCACGCAGAGGGAGAAAACCCACAAAAAGACUGCAUCAAACCUGCAGACCUAGCUCGUGCUGCUAAGCUCCAGCCGAUAUUUGCUCUGGAAGCGUGUGAAGAGGGCGAGAUCCGGGGACACAGGAAGAACAUUCCCCUGUCGAAGAGAAAGUCAACCUGGUCACUCACCACUCACGCCCCUCGCGCCCUAUCCGCGCCUACGGUGACCAUCCCGCAGGAAACCAACCCAUGGCAGGAUACAGGAACGGACGUGGCUCAUUCGAGCGAACCUUUGCCUCAUGACCGCCCUGAGGCCCAAUAUCACCACGCGUAUGCGAGGAGUUGGCCCCCGGGCUUGGAGGAUCAAUCUUUUCUAAGUGAUCAAUUCGAUCCAAUACUUGAGCUAUACGAAGACUCACAACCAUCACCCCGUCGUAAAUUCGCGGCUCCGCCUUGGGACGUUCGUCGUAACCAGCGUGAGGGCGAAGGAAUCAGACCUCACCCCGCGGGCCACUCCAUCUCGCAACACGAACAAGCGGCAUGGAAAGAGGAAGAAGAAUUACUAUCUUUUGCCUCGGACGAAUUCAAGCCUUUCCAAGGUUGGCGAAAUGAUGGCUAUGUCCUGCAGACGGACCAUGAUGUGGAGGAACUACUGACCCCUGAGAACUUUGCAAAGUAUAAGCGGUACAGGAGGAGAGAGAAAAGGGCGGGCAGGGCGUGA